AUCGCCGCCCCAUCGCAAACCCCCACCCCCCAUCAAAGCAGGAUGGUGCAGAAAUCGCGCAACGGAGGCGUGUACCCGAGCGCGUCGGGCGAGAAGAAGCUCAAGGUGGGCUUCGUGGGUCUCGAUCCCGGCGCGCCGGACUCCACCCGCGACGGCGCGCUGCUCAUCGCCGGCCCCGAGGGCGGCAGCAAGCGCGGCUCCAUCCUCAGCAAGCCCCGCUCGGCCGUCUCCGGCAAGCCGCCCAAGAGAAACGCCUUCUACCGCAAGCUCCAGAAUUUCCUCUACAACGUGCUCGAGAGGCCCCGAGGCUGGGCGUUCAUCUACCACGCUUACGUUUUUCUACUCGUUUUCUCCUGCUUGGUGCUCUCCGUCUUUUCAACCAUCGAGGAAUAUGAGGACAGUUCUGAAGGUGCCCUUUACAUUCUGGAAAUAGUCACCAUUGUGGUCUUCGGUGUGGAGUAUUUUGUAAGGAUCUGGGCUGCCGGCUGCUGCUGCCGAUACCGUGGCUGGAGAGGAAGGUUGAAGUUCGCCCGAAAACCCUUCUGUGUCAUCGACAUCAUGGUGUUAAUUGCUUCCAUCGCUGUGCUGGCUGCUGGAUCCCAGGGGAAUGUCUUUGCCACCUCUGCGCUCAGAAGUUUGAGGUUUCUGCAGAUCCUGCGCAUGAUCCGAAUGGACCGCCGAGGAGGCACUUGGAAGCUUCUCGGGUCGGUGGUGUAUGCCCACAGCAAGGAGCUGAUCACUGCCUGGUAUAUUGGUUUCCUUUGCCUCAUUCUAGCCUCCUUCCUGGUGUACUUGGCUGAGAAGGGAGAAAACGAUCACUUUGACACCUAUGCAGAUGCACUCUGGUGGGGCUUGAUUACACUGACUACCAUUGGCUACGGGGACAAAUAUCCGCAAACCUGGAAUGGACGCCUCCUUGCUGCAACUUUCACCCUGAUUGGCGUUUCCUUUUUCGCUCUUCCAGCUGGUAUUCUAGGUUCUGGAUUUGCGCUGAAGGUUCAAGAGCAGCACCGUCAAAAGCACUUUGAGAAGAGGAGGAACCCUGCAGCGGGCCUGAUUCAGGCUGCGUGGAGGUUCUAUGCCACAAACCUCACUCGAACCGAUUUGCAUUCGACUUGGAAUUACUACGAGCGAACUGUGACCGUCCCCAUGUACAGGCUCAUCCCACCUUUGAACCAGCUGGAGCUCCUGAGGAACCUGAAGAGCAAAUCUGGACUGACUUUCAGGAAAGAGCAGCCGCCUGAGCCGUCUCCAAGUCAAAAGGUCAGCUUGAAAGAUCGUGUCUUCUCCAGCCCUCGAGGUGCGGCCACAAAAGGUAAAGGUUCUCCUCAGGCCCAGGGGAUGCGGAGGUCCCCUAGUGCGGACCAGAGCAUUGAAGACAGUCCCAGCAAAGUGCCCAAGAGCUGGAGCUUCGGAGACAGGAGCCGAGCAAGGCAGGCUUUCCGCAUGAAGGGAGCCGCGUCCCGUCAAAAUUCAGAAGAUGCCUGCCUCCCCGGAGAAGACAUGCCUGAUGCCGACAACAAAAGCUGCAACUGCGAAUUUGUGACCGAGGAUCUGACACCGGGCCUUAAAGUCAGCAUCAGGGCAGUGUGUGUCAUGAGAUUUCUGGUUUCCAAGCGGAAGUUCAAGGAGAGCCUGAGGCCCUACGAUGUCAUGGACGUCAUUGAGCAGUACUCAGCGGGACAUUUGGAUAUGCUUUCCAGGAUCAAAAACCUCCAGUCCAGGAUAGAUAUGAUUGUGGGUCCCCCGCCCCCUUCAACUCCCCGGCAUAAGAAGUAUUCAACCAAAGGAUCACCCCAAUACUCGCCUAGAGUUGACCAGAUUGUUGGGAGAGGGCCGUCAAUGACAGAUAAGGACCGAACCAAAGGCCCAGGUGAAGGGGAGCCUCCUGAAGAUCCAAGUAUGAUGGGCAGACUUGGAAAGGUGGAAAAACAGGUCCAGUCCAUGGAGAAGAAGCUGGACUUCCUGGUCAACAUCUACAUGCAACGGAUGGGGAUCCCACCAAACGAAACAGAAGCCUACUUUGGGCCGAAGGAACCUGACCCAGCACCGCCCUACCACAGCCCAGAAGACAGCAGGGAGCACAUUGACAAAAACGGUUGCAUCAUCAAGAUCAUUCGCUCCACGAGUUCGAUGGGACAGAAGAAUUUCUCUGCACCUCCUGCCACAACGGUGCCAAACAACUCAUGCCCCCCUUCCACUUCUUGGCAGACAUAUCAACGGCAAAGCCACGGGACCUCCCCGGUUGGCGAUGCUGGUUCUUUGGUGAGAAUCCCACCUCCACCUUCUCACGAGCGCUCCUUCUCUGCCUACGGUGGUGGGAACAGGGCCAGCGCUGAGUACGCAAAGAACGAAGACAUUACAGCUAAGCACCCAGAGAGUGCUCUGAGGGACAGCGACACCUCUAUUUCUAUCCCAUCAGUGGACCACGAGGAACUGGAGCGUUCCUUCAGUGGGUUCAGCAUCUCACAGUCCAAAGAAAAUUUGGACGUCCUUAACAACGGUUUGCUACACCGCUGUGGCCAAAAUCAGACCUUACAUAGCAGAAGGGGAGUCAGAUACGGAUUCUGACCUCUGCACACCCUGUGGGCCUCCGCCGAGGUCAGCAACCGGCGAGGGACCUUUCAGUGACAUGGGCUGGUCAGCUCCUAGGCAGUGAAGGAAAAGAAAGCCCACCUGAACACAACUUCAAGAGCAUGGGGCAAUGAUGCUGUCCACAUACCGGACAUCUUCAGGAGACUGGGAGCUAAUGUUCUGCAACCCAGAAAUUGUGGGUGUUUUGCCACAGCUUGGUCCGGGGGUGGUGGGAGCAGAAGCUACGCCUGCUCUCUCCAAAAAAAGAGAGGGGGCAUUGUAGUGAAUAAUUUUGAAAUGUCUGGAUUUCUUUCAUACCAUCUUUCUAAACUAGAUAGGUGAAACUGUGAUCUUACUCCAGGGUAGGUAGCCGUGACUCUUGGUAAUCUUUUAAGCUAAGAGGGCACACGCAUCACUAAGACAGUGGUUGAGCAAUUGGUGAGACAAUUUCUUCUUCUUUUGACUAAGAGUAGGCAAUGGCACUGAGCUAUCAGGUCACACACAAAAAAACAUGCUAGUGUUACAAAAGAAACGUGUCACUAAUUAUGCCUUGGGGGGAGGGAGAAACAGAGCUGUAAUGUACAUUGGCGAAAGGUGGUUUAAUUAUGAUUGCAGAGAAAUUAGCUGGGAAGAGCCGUAUAUUGAA